AGGUUUCGAGAUUAGUUGACUCCCACAAUCACCAUUACCCACGAAUGGGACUAUAGGGAGCCUAAGUCACGCCCAUCUACUUCUGGACCAUGGGUCCCCGGAAGAACAAAACAAUGAAUGCAGAUCAAUGGGGCUAAAAACGCAAUUUUCUAAAUUCGCUUGUUAUGCGCCAUGGAUUUCACAUAUGAUGUCCAUGAAUUUUAAAGACUUAUUUUGAUAACAAGAAAGAGCUUAUUUUUGAACAGGGGAAAUGUUAUUUUAGGUUUUGUGUGAAAAUAAGUCCAGGGCUUUGUUCUUCUGGGGACCCAUGAGCCGACUAGAUAUUAGGACCUAUUCGAGAUGAAGAUUUUUUUAAGAUGUCCUGAUGCUCCACCUGAGGGUAAAUCUGUAAGGCUUGUCACCAGCAUUCAGACAUCAUUUCUGUGUGCUUCACAGCCAGACAGGACACGAGAAAAAAUAAAUACAUAAAAAUAAAAAAAGAUGUCCUGAAGCUUAGCCCCCAAAGGUGGAUUUUGUUUUAUUUCUCACAUGCUGCAAAGAGCACUCAUAGUUUUUCAGCGGUUAUAUGAGCAAUAAAAACAGGUAUGGAGACAUUGUUUGCAUGAGUAUUCUAGAAUAAUUAGGUUCUCAUAUGUAAUUUUUCAUUCACAGCCAGAUAUUUCUAGUAUAAUAACAAACAACUAGUUAGUAUAAUAACAAACAACUAGUUAUCGUAACGAAUUAUCGUGGAAGAGAUGAGCAAAGUCAAACAGCCUCGACACACCUUCAUUUCGUGUCUGUUUGAGGGAGAUGUCCCCUCCUGUUGUUCACUCUAACAUCCCACAACUGCUGAUAGGUAAUCUAUACUAGCAAAGUCUGGGGUGAGUCCAGUGUAAUUAUUUCUGAGCAAGCAGCAACAUCAGCCCACCAGCGAUGGCACAGAAGCUCAGCCUGAAGAGGGAAGUUGGGAUAAUAGGAGCUAUGUCUUUUAUAGCAGGUACCAUGGUGGGAUCUGGGAUCUUCAUUUCCCCCCAGUACGUUUUGCUCUCCAUCGGAAGUCCCGGGGCAAGCCUUAUUAUAUGGACCUGCUGUGGGCUGACAGCAAUGCUGGGGGGACUCUGCUAUGCUGAACUGGGAACAGUUAUACCAGGGUCUGGAGGAGAAUACAUCUACAUGCUGCGUACAGUGGGGAAGAUCGUGGCCUUCAUGUUUGUCUUCAGCUUCGUCAUCGUCAUGCGGCCAGUCAGUGCAACCGGAGUAGCUCUGGCCUGUGCUGAAUACGUCAUAGCCCCCUUCUACAGUGACUGUACACCAUCACAGCUGGUUUUGAAAUGUGUGGCUGCAGGAAUAAUUUUGUUGCUGAGUUUAAUCAACUGCCUGAGUGUGCGUUUAGCCACCGGCAUCCAGGUGGUUACCACGUUGGUCAAAGCUGUGGUGCUGGUGGUGAUCAUAGUGGGAGGAGUCGUGAUGCUUUUCCAGGGAAACAAUGAGAGUUUUGAUGAUGCUUUUGAGGGAACAAAGGUCGGCGUCAGCUCCAUUGGUAUAGCCUUCUAUCAGGGUCUGUGGUCCUAUGAUGGAUGGAACACUAUGAACUAUUUAACUGAGGAGUUGAAGCGUCCAGAAGUAAAUCUCCCCCGAGCGCUGGUGAUCGCCAUCUCUCUGGUGACUGCUACGUAUCUGCUGGUGAACGUGAGCUAUCUGGCCGUGAUGACGCCUAAAGAAAUGAUGACCUCCAGCGCUGUUGCUGUUACCUGGGGGAAUAAAGUGCUGGGCAGCUGGGGGUGGAUCAUGUCUGUUGCUGCAGCUCUUUCUGCUUUUGGAUCUUUAAACGGGACGUUCUUCAGCGGGGGUCGGGUGUGUUUUGUGGCAGCCAGAGAAGGCCACAUGCCAGAUAUUCUGUCCAUGGCUCACAUCCACCGGCUGACUCCGUCUCCAGCUCUCAUCUUCACCACGUUGAUCUCGCUGGUGGUGCUGAUUCCUGGAGACUUUCAGAGCAUUGUCAACUUCUUCAGUUUCACAGCUUGGAUUUUCUACGGCAUCACUCUGUCUGGACUGAUUUAUCUGAAAAUCAAGAAGCCAGAUCUCCCCAGACCGUACAGCGUUCCCAUAAUCCUCCCCAUUCUGGUCCUCAUUGUGGCCACAUUCCUGGUGCUGGCACCGAUCAUAGACAAGCCUCAAAUCGAGUAUCUUUAUGUGACUUUAUUCAUCCUAAGUGGAGCUGUAGUCUACGUUCCCUUCAUCCAUUACAAGCUCUGCCCCGGACUGUUGAGCAAACUGACUGUUUUCCUGCAGCUCUUCUUGGAGGUCGCCCCGGUAGAGAAGAACCAGUGAUGUGGGGCACUUACAACAUUGUCAUCAGCACGUCAACGUGAUGGACAUAAUCAUAAUCAACACCCAGAAAAUUGGCUUUGGUUGGUAAAAGUAGUUUAAGGCACUUUGGGUUCUCAUAGUUCCUUGUGCAAAUGAAAGUUUCAUUUAUUUUGAUUACUUUCAUCUACUUUCAAAUCAAAAACAUUUAAAAUAAUCACCAAACAAAAGCUUGUGUGGAUGUAAACAACUCUGCUUUCAAUGAAAUUAUGUAAGGAAAAUAAACUUUUUUAGCCACUUUACGUUCAAAUAUUUAUCAAGUCGUUUUUGAUAGUAUUUAUACUAAUAAGUAUAUUGUGGGUUUUUAUUUGAUUGUAAUUUUUCUUCUUACCCUGAACUAUGAACAGAUGUUGGUAAAAUGUGUGCUUUUAUUCUGAAAAUCUGCCCUGAACAUACAAGGACUAUAAAUAAAAUUGCACACAUAUCCUGACACACAAUCACCUAUUUAUAAAAAUAUUGUCAUGAUUCAGUGACAAUAUAAAAAAAAACCUGCACAACUAAUAAAAAAAGAUGAUGACAUCA